CGGAAUUUAUUUUAACAAUUGUCACAAAACGGUCAUAUUUCGAUAAUGAGAUAUCGCCUUUAACAAUACAGUGUCCGUACAAUCGCCUGUGGAUUAUGCGUCUUAUAAAAUCUUUGAAAUAAGUUUGUAUUCAAGUACUCGUUCUUAACCAAAAAUAAAAUGAAGACAAAAAGCGUUAACAGUUUAAUAUUCGUCAUAAGCGCCAUAGUUUUCUGCUUACAAGCGGUCGGAUAUUUUGCACCGGCAUGGUUUGUCCAAGAGGUCGUGUACAAUCAUGAUAUCAAAGGUAUUUUAGCUGAUGGUCGCCGUUUCAAGUUGCCAUAUUUUCAAAACUCUCAUCAAGAUUCCAUGGACAUACCAAAGUUUGCUGAACCAAGUGACUAUGGCGACGAAGAUAAGAUGUCCACGAUUAGCAAUAGUAAUACUCCGGUCAAAGAUGUAUCGUCGCGUAGAAAAAGGGCCGUAGUACAGCCCGCCGUUACAAGCGAAAAACUUACUCCUGGGACAGACUGUAUCGGAAGUGACUGUCCGAGUAUAAGUCAAAUCUCUGCAAAUGAAAAUGGCCAAUUUUUAUUGGGAAAAACCGAAGCUCCUCCGAAGACGUCGUUGUCACCUGUAAAUAUGAUUACAAGCGGGAGUGAAACAAACAACAAAAAACAAAUGCGCAUGCCCGAGAACAAAAAAUCGUCUUUGCUGUAUAUAACUGCCGGUCUUUGGUAUAGCAGAGCUUGUAUAACAACAACGGAGCCUGAUUCCGACGACGACGGGAACAAUGAUGUGCAGUGGUGUACACUGUACUCGAGGUUUGACGACAAUACAUUAGAAAAGAGGAUGAAUAUUUUUGAGCUGAGACUUGAGGCCACACUGGGGAUUGUGUUCAGCGCCAUGUGUUUGUUUAUAUCCAGCACAGCGUGCUGUUCUCACAGGCAUCACGGACGUCGGGCACUGUCUUCUUUGGCGUCGCUUUUUAUUUCAGGAGCAAUAACAGCUGUUCCUGUUGUGCAUAUUGUGAUACAACACGUGAAAAUACACGAGAAAAUCGUGCGGCCCCGGAAAUGGAUGCAGUUGACUAAAAUGAUACACCGACAACAUGACCUUUUCGACCAUUACUCUGUAAUUUUGUGUGGCGUAGCCAGUCUACUGUCCGUGCUUUCAGCGUUCAUCAUCACGAUUAUCUCGUGCAGAAGUAACUCCAAACCCGACAACUGGUACAGCUUGAAUCGCGGCGUGCACGAGGAGAAGGACAGCAAGCACGAGUUACCGAUAAACUGGGUCCACAAUAGCAAGAUCACCGUGCCGCCAGUUUCAGAAAUCAGAGAUGAAACAAAAGAAGAAUCAGAAAGUGGUUACAGCGAAGUCAAAGAUGACGUCAAAGAAGAGGUUACGUCAUCAGUCCACGACGGUGGCUCUAUUGGCAAUGACUGCGACACACUUGAGUUCGAUCCUAAGGAAAUGACUACUUUUGAUAUGUAACACAUUACAGUAGUUUAAAAACUGCAGGAAAUAUAUAAAUUUCAUUGUUAUUUAAACAUGUUGUCUUCAUGCUACAUGUAUCAACUUAUAAUAUUUAUAGUUUCAAUCACUUCUAAACAUUUUCUUUAGACUUCAUUAUUGGUACAUAUUAGAACUUUACGUUAGGUAAUCAACUUACUUCUAGAAUAUGUGUACUCAUAACAUGAUUUAUUCAAUCUAACUAAAGUUCAGAUUUACUUAUCCUUACAUAUGCUUGCCGAUGAUUGGCUGUUUAAAAGGUCAAGAGAAAUCGACAACCUCUUGGUGGUAAUCAGAUCCUAAUGCGUAUUUAGGAGCUGAUUUUAAGCAGAUUAAUCAUUUAUAUUCUUUGAUUAAAAAGUCUAUGAUCAUAAUUAUUUUGGUUCACGUAGCAUAAGCGCACGUGCAUAAUGUAUAUUUAAACAGAGUCAUGUCAUUUCCAUUUUCAAUGUUUAUUUUAUAGCAAAAUAUAGGGAGGAUUCGAAUGAGCUAGACAUAUACUAUUGAUAUAGAUGGUGAAGAUGUACGAGAGCUGUUUCUGUUAUCAUCAUUUUAUAUUUCAAUGUUUAAACAGAGAAAAUGUUUGCCAUUAUUUUAUUUUAAUUUGGUAACAUAUACAUUUUGACUUGUUUUACAGUGUUCCUUUUCACAAAUCGAAUUAUUAAAAAAAAUACCAAGUGUAUAGGGCGUUCUAGUUAAGCCAUCUCCCCUUUCCCCGAGACAACCCGUCACCUAACCAGCAACCGCCCAAUGAAAAGUUGAAGACCCCAAAUUGACCUUUCCAAACUUGGUACUUGAUGUUUACAACGCUUUAGCUAAAAACAAAUGUUGCCAUUGCUGAUAUAGCAAGUCGAUUGCAAGCU